AUCACUUUAUUACAUAAAAAUUAAAUUAUAUCUUUCUCUUCCACAGUCUGUUUCAUCAUUCCCUCCCCCCGAAGAUGGUUAUGGAUAGCAUCGAUAGUUCAUCUUCACCACCGUCUCAGUCUCAGUAUCAGUAUCAGAUUGGUCACCCGCGUCAUUUCUACCUCGCAGUAGACAGGCUUCAAUUCAAAAUGCAAACGUUGGUUGAUCUGCUCGAUUUGGUGGGUCGGCGUCCGUGUUUGCCAAUUGUUGUUUGUUGCAGUACUCGUGAUGACCUUGAUUCUCUCUGUUCAUCUCUUUCUCCUCUUCCUUUCAUUUCCUCUUCUGCUUUGUACAGUGACCUUGCUGAAGAUGAACGUGCUUUUGUUUUAGACAAGUUUUCUCAAGUGGUGACGAGGUGGAAUCAGGUUAAUCAUACUGGGGAAGGGAAUGAGGAUGAUCUCAGGAAAGAUGAUACAUCUCAUAUGAUUAUCGUCACAGAUGCUUGUCUUCCUCUUCUUACUUCUGGGGAGUCUCCCAUGAAUGCUCAUCUUCUCAUUAACUACGAGUUACCGGCAAAAAAGGAAACAUAUGGAAGGCGCUUGGCAGCUUGUUUAACAGCUGAUGGAAUUGUUAUCAAUAUGGUUGUUGGUGGUGAAGUGGUAACUCUAAAAAGUAUCGAAGAAAGCACUAGUAUUGUCAUGCAAGAGAUGCCAAUGCAAAUUCUUGACAUUUUAUGAUGUCUUACAUUUCUCCUUGCCGGAAAAAAAAGCAAAGAAUUUGAUUGCCUGCUCUCAUGAAUGGUUGAAGACUUGAAAAUCCCCAUUACUUUGAAUGUUGUAUCAGUAACAACUAGAGUCAUUUCUACACAAGAUAAUGAGAAGGUUUUUUUUCUUUAAUAUGUUACAUGUAUGGACAUUUAUGAGUUUUUCUUUACAAAUAAGGACAUCUAUGUAAUGAUUGGUUGCUUAAACUUGGAGUACAGGAAAAUUGGUAGGAAUGGCGAUUAAUUUUUUACAUUUGGCUUUGGAAAUGUAAUCCUUAUACAUUGUUUAACUCAAUGCUAUGAAUCUAUGAUAUAGUACACGCAGAUGUAUGAAAAAUCACGAAAUAAUUAAAUUUCA